CCACCUCAAGGAAAAAAAAAAAAAGAAAAGCCCCUCUUUCCAUUUCUUUCAAAUUUCAAGAAAGAUAAAGGAAACAACGAACAAAAGCUCUGUCUCCCUCUUUCUGAGAGUGACCCAGAAAGAAAUGGCGAAUCUCAGGACGGCAAUGGAUUCGGCGUUCUGGGAUUUGGAAGUGGCUUCUCCUCGACUCCUUGAAGGGACGGCAAAGGCCGUGCCUGGCGAGCCAUUGCCUAUGGAUGGUGCUCGAGCCAGUAAGGCUCUUAGGAUUCAGCAGCUCUCGCUACUGAGAAAUGGGUUUCCUCUCGGAAUUAUCCCUUCUUUUUCUCCCACUGCUCGCAAGGAUUUGGGUUCUUUCUCUCUUCAGUCCCUCUUCCUCAGACCAGCCAUUUCUAAGUGGUGGCUUGGAGUGAUUGGACAGAUCCGGCCAAAGAAACUGAUUUCUAAUAUUAAAGCUGAAUUUCUUUCUAAUGAUGACUCAGAGUUUCCUACAUUCAAUGAUGUCGCAAAGCAUUUCUUGGAUAAGUCUAUUUAUUCACUUGGAUUGUGCACACAGUUUUCUCUGACUCCUUCAUCAUCCAUUAAGUUGAGCACAGAAGGGCAUGGCGAGGAAGAGAGACGCCACAAGAUGAUGCUCUUUCAUAAGUUCCCUAAUCAUGAUGUCAUACUGGAGGCUGCAUGGCCCCAGUUGUUCAUUGACCAUAAAGGACAAUAUUGGAAUGUGCCAGAAUCAAUUUCCUUAGAUCUCUUGUCCCUUGUUUCUGAAUCUGGAUUCAGAUACCGCUUGGGUAUGCAUAGAAAUAGUGGCCAUCCUCAGGCUCUUGAUAGCACAAAUGCUGAUGCACCUGCUGCUCUCAUGCCCGGAUUCGGUGCAAAGGCUGCCUUUUCUUAUGAGAAGAGCAGGGACUUUUGGAGGCAGAAGCAGAGACAGCAGGAUAUGUAUGAGAAGACCAAUCAGGGUAUCUUUUGGUGGCCUCCGUAUGAUGUAUGUCUAGGGGAACCUCAUUCCGCAAUAUCAGGAAUUAUUGGUGGAAACUGCACAAUGUGGUUUGAUUCUUCUAACAUUGCUCCUAAGAAGAGAAGCCCGUUCGGUGCUGAUUUGUUUGGCUCAGUAUGCUACACUUUCCAGCAUGGGAAAUUUAAAGAACUCUAUGGUGAUCUUACCAGAGUAGAUGCUCGCCUUGACAUUUGUUCGGCUUCAGCUUUUGCUAAAAGGUUAAUAAAUGGUAUCAGAAGGUCCUCGGUUAAUAGUGCAGAAGAUCCAAUGUCUUCCCCCAGGCUUAAUCUGAUCUUCCAACAACAGGUUGCAGGGCCAAUUGUGUUUCGAGUCGAUUCCAGAAUUUCUCUUGCCUCAUUACCUGGGAAUCAUGGACCACAUAUCGAGGAUUCUAUAUUCAGUUUGAAUUACUCACUGAGACUUCUGAAAUCUGGAAAAGUUGUUGCUUGGUACUCCCCAAAAAGAAAAGAAGGAAUGAUUGAGUUACGCCUUUUUGAGUUUUAACUUAGGUUGUUUCUUUAGGAAUUGUUUUGUAUGGAAUCGUUAGACUUUCUAAAAGGAAAAUAGAUUAAAGAUGGUUCAACUUGUUUCAAUUGUUAAAACUGCUCCUCUCUUCUUUUUUUCUUAA